AUGUCCGUGACAUCUGCAACCGUUCAAACUCUGUCCGCCAAUGGAGUUCCUGACUCGCAUCAGGUUUCGGGUCUUCUUUUUGUGCCUACCUUGGCGGAGGAUGAUCCCUGCAGCGAGAUCGCUUCCAUCUACGUGCCGAAGAAUGUAACUCGCUACGAGGACGUUCUGGCUUUCGGGUAUCCCGCGAUUGGGAUCGCCCCAUGGAUUUCGGUAGAGUGUACCAACUCGUAUCUGGUUGCCUCGCGGGAGGCAAAGGCAGAGGCGAUGAUUUUCUACCAGCCAUCUACAAACGAGACUGGGAUCCCUCCGCCGGCGAGUGAUAUUUGCUGGAAUCUCAACGACAAUGACCGGUGGAAGCAAGACAACCCAUACCCCGUCUACGCAAUUCCUGGCCCUGCAGCAACAACUCUGAUGCGUGAACUUGCCUGGUUCUCCGAUGGAAAGACAAACCGAAGCCAUGACGACAGUUAUCCAUCUUUUCAGAAGCGGGAUAGUAACGUUCGAUUGUUCACGGUGAUUGCCAAUGGUGAGCCACCUCAGUAUCCAAUCUUUAUCCUUACACAGUAUCUAACACUUCGGACGAAAGAACGCCAAACAGACUCAACGCCAAGUCUAUGGAGCAUUGUGCUCAUUACACUCGGAUCAAUCUUCGGACUGAGCUUGAUAGUGUACAUUGUCUGGCUGACCCUCCAGCGUCGAGGGCUUCUACAACCAGCGAGACUUGGCGCCCAUCCGCAAGAGAACGUUGAAGCAAUUCCAAUGACCAGAGCAACUACUGUCCAUGUACCUCGUGAGAUUCUUGAACAAUUGCCUCUUUACACAUAUGCAGGCCCAAGGUCUCCAUCUGUGGCAUCGCUCGUUAAGGAGGAAGUUGAAGCCGACGUGGCAGAAAUUGAUCCUAGCGGUCAGUCUCCCGAGCCACCAACAGAGGAGAUCCAUCAGGAACUUCCCAGAGAUGCGGAAAGGGUCGUUGGCAUCAGACGCCCGGCACCCGCUGUGAUCAGUGGAGGGGUUGUGGCUUCUCGCAACCCAUAUCGACUGAGCCAUACCCAGAACAUGUGUGCAAUCUGCUUGGAUGCAUUCGUCAUUGGGUCCACUAGAGUCCGUGAGCUCCCAUGCGGACACGUCUUUGACCCUGAAUGUGUUGAUCCUUGGCUCCUGACAAACGGCGAGUGUCCGUUGUGCAAGAUGAGUAUUCUUGCAUCGGGCUCAAUCAACACCCCCGCCGCUUGA